AAAAUUUCUACGGCAGUUUGAUACACGUUGAUUGGCAUUUCCCGCCAUGUUCUAGUGAAGCAAGUUGUCGCGGCAGCACUUUCGCUAUGUUUGGAACGCUUGUGGUGAAUUUCAUAAAAAUCUGCUUGUAAGGUGCGAUAAAUAAGCCGCGAAAAUGGAUGAAAUAUCAAAGGAAGGAGCGGCGGCCAGGCAUAGUGUGUCUAUGCCUUCGUUAGACGCGGUCGAUGAUUUACCCGUUGAACCCUCUUUGCCGAUGGUCUCAUCUGAGACUUCCGAAAUUUCUUUCACAUCGACGCCGCCUAGUGAUUCUUUAAUCUCGACGGUGGACGUUUUAGCGUCGGAAUCGGAGUCAUUUAGUUCCGUCGACGCAACUCCUUCAGUCGAUCCCAAACAGAUUAUUGAACCCACACAACCUUCAGAAAACGAUUGCGAAAAUGCGGAAUCCGAGGAAACACUGGGCGACUCUCAAGCUGAAGAUGAUCCGUCAAUUGCCAUCGACCAGUUCAUUAAAAAGAUAGCGGAUGAACAGUUGUCUUCGAAACGCAGUGUUGCGGACGAUUUAGAUAACGUGGACAAAUCGUCAGAUAAAGAUACAACAGAAGAAGCUAUUACCGAUGAGCUCAAAGAGGACGAGUCUGACAAAGCUAUUACCGAGCCCGUGCCAAUGGAAGUGGAGGAACCGGCAGAAUCUAAAAUUAUCGAGUCCAGUGAAACUAAUGGAUCCACCAUGUUCAAUGAAAAUGAAAAUGUGGAAUUGAUGGAUUCUGCAGCGGAAUUAACAAAAGAUCUAGAGAAUGAAUGCGAUGAAAAUAAGGAAGAACCGACGCCAAAGAAUGAUGUACUAAAUGAACUUAAAAUGGAGAUGAAAGACAAGGAAUCAAUAGGCAUUAAUGAGUUUGAGGAUUCCUCAGAAGUAUCGCAAGAUCCAUUCCUCAUUGCAAAGGCACAAGAGGAAAUUGUAAAGAUGGAUGUUUUGGUAUGUGGCGCCUGUCACACUGCCUUCCAUUUUUUGGAGGAAUUUCAGAACCAUAAACAAGACAAGUGCUCGGGAGUUUCAACUCUUAUAAAGAACUGUGAAAAUGAAAACAAAGCCCAAGUGUGGGGAUUUGUUUUGUGGAAAACAAAAUAUUUGAAGAGUGCGGAAGAUGAUAGUCAACCAUCCGCUUGGGGCAUUUACCAAAAAUGGUGCAAGCUGUCCCAACAAGACAAAAACGCUUGGAUUACUGCGGGACAGUCCAUACAGUUCGAUACCAGAAUAGGCAAUGCCAAAAUAACGGAGGCCAAAGGGAAACACUCCUUCUCUCAAAGGGCUGAUGAUAGCGAUCCAUUAGCGCUCGAAAGCGUCGACAGCAACAAAGAGAAUUCGGAGAUCAUCGACGAACACAAUUCAAGCAAUCUAAUUAAAAAGAGUAUCGUGAAGCCGGUUAAACUGAACAACGACGUGACGAUACUACCCAGUACCAAGAAUAGCGAUCCGAAUUCGAAUAAAGCAAUAAGAACUACAAAAAUUUUCUCCACACAGAAGCAGGAGUACGCGGUCGAGAAAAUAUUGGCAAAAAGGUUUAAUCCGCGGCGGAAAACUUGGGAGUAUCAGAUCAAGUGGGAGAAUUUCGGAAGCGAUUCUAACACUUGGGAACCGGUAUCAAACUUGAGCCACUGCAAACAGAUGCUUGAGCAAUUCGAGGAUCAGCUGAAGCGAGUCAAGGAGGAGAAAGCUAAAGCGGCCGGGGCCGUUAUCAAGGGGCGGGGCAGGCCCGCAAAGCUCGGUGCCAAAGGGGUGUCAAGUCAGUUCAUUCCGAUCGCACCGAAACCGUCUUCGAGCAGCAGCGGCAGCAGCAUGGACUUUACCUCCGGGGGUAGGCGACCGCAAAGAAAUUCAAAACAAAAGGCGCUGAAUCACAUGAAGGCGUGGUGCGGCAACAUAUCGGACGAAGAGGGCGGACCCGGCGGUGUCAAACGCGCCCACGAUGACGACGACAGCGACGUCGACUUUGAAAAGAAGAUGAAACUCGAGGACUUUUCCGACGAUUCGGAGGAUGAGAUCAAGCCCAAGGUGACGAAGAAGGAACCCAAAUCGAGCAUCAAGGCGGUUAUGAACACGCCGUCCCAACAACAGAUAUUGCCGUCGAACAUUCUGAUUCCCGACGCCAACGGAGUCGUCAGGAUCAACCAGAAACAGUUGCCCGCGUUAAGCUCCGGCGUGUAUAUUAUGUCGAAAACGGCCGGGAUUAUCAAGUUAGAUUCGACCACGUCCAAAGUAGCCACCAGCGGUGGCCAGACCAUCGUGAAGGUGGCGCCGAAAAUUGGUCAAACGCAAAUUAAAAUCGUGAAAAAGGACGGAAACCUGACGAAACAGAUUAUCCAAGUGUCGCCCAAGCCGGGGGGCGUCGGAUUGAAUUCCAUUUCCAGCGUUAACAAGUCGUCUACCCCGAAAACAUACAAGGCACUGUCGAAGAUCAAGCCGAAAGAGCAGACGCCCAAGAUCAGUAUAAAGCCCCGCAUCGAUAUAAGGAGGAAGUCGCCGUCAGUUUCGCCCCAACCGGCGGUACAGCCCGAGAAAUCGUGCGACGAGGAAUCGGACGACGGCGUCGAGCCCCUAGAGUUCCCCGAGGAUCUGCCCGCGCCCGAGCCCGACAGUCCUCCGGGAGAAUUUACGUUGGACCCUUCGACAGGUAAAGUGGUCGGUGUCGAAUACGGGCCGGACAAACCUGUCAUAAUCAACGAGGAUAUCCCGCGUAACGUCGAUAAUCCGUCGACCAACGAACUGGAGAACAUCGUCAAGUUGGCGGCGGCCGACAUAACCGAAGACGACCUUGAAAACACGAACGCACAGAUGGAUUCGGAUCCUUUGGAAACGGAAACGGAUCUCAAAUCUCCGGUCAAGGUGGAGCCCGUGACGAGCAACGUGAUGGUCAGAUACGUCGUUAAGAACUCGAACUCGGUCGCCAAAGGCGACGCCUCGAUUUUGAACAAGGCACUGACAGGUUCAGGUGCGUUGGCGCAAAAGGGGACGCAGAUAGUUCAGCGGAAAGUGCAACGGGUUCUGAACCAGUCGGUAUCGCAACGGACGCCCGGUACCACGCCCACGCGUACCAUAAUUAGACAGGUUCCGAUGGGCAUGCAGACACAGCAACAAGGCAACUUGGUUCGCACCAAAGUGCUGACCCCGAAGCCGCGGUUUAAUAUUACGCCGCAAAAGGUGACCGCGAGUCCCGGUACCAGAAUCCAGAGGCAGUGGCCCGGCAGCUCGGGUCCCAACAGGGUGCAAGUCUAUUCGAACAAGCAGCAAACUCCGGGAACUAUCAGGAAAGUCGGCAACGCCAUAGUCAGACCAAGCAGCGCUCAAAAACCAACGAGGAUACUGCAGACCGUUUACAGAACGUCACCGAAAAAGGAGCCGUUUAUUUUGAACACAUCGGUUUCUCCCACCCGGAGUCCUCUGAACGCCAAACAGGUUAUCAACAUGCCAUCUUUGAUAGGUGACGACGAAUCUGGGUCCAAAUUCGUCGGCAAACAAAACACGGUCUCGGUAAAUCGGUCCCCGACGAAAACCGCAGCGACGGUCGACGAACCGACGUCCAUGGAUAACGACGAAAAUAAGCCUGAGGCCUUGGCAUCGGCCACCGAGGGUUUGACGACCGCCGAUCUGUCGACGUUCACGAUGGCCGACAGCGAGAACCCGAUCUACAUUACAGGCGACGACGGUACCGUCUACCAAGUGGCGGGACAGAAUGAACAGGGCCAAACGAUUUUGAUAACUCAAGGCGCCGACGGGCAGCAACAAUGUCUGCUGGUGACGAACGAGGUGGCAGAGACGCAACCGGAAGAGCCCGCGGAGGAACCGGAAUCGGUGCUGGGAAUGCCAGAAAUUAAUCCGGACGUGGACGCAGUAGCCGUCGCUGCGGCCGCGGCCGACGACAGCAUUAAGACUGAGCUGCACGUCAAAACCGACGAUACCGAUGUAGCCGAAGAACAGAUGCAGGUAGAAGGCGGUCAGGACCAGGUUGUGGCGCAAGUCGUGAGAGCGGAGCCGCCCAGCCCAGGAGGUACUCAUAAAGUAGUGGUAAUGCUACCAGACGGCAACUUGAUGGUUACGCAAGUGUCCCCAGAGGAAUUCGCAAGUUUAGAGUUAGAAUAAGAGUAGAAUUAAUUAGUGUUUGUUUCUUACAUGUGAAAGACCAUAAGUAUUUGCGUUUUUUCAAUUUAAUGAAAUUUGUUCAUAUUUUAUUUGGCUUUCUGUUUUCGUGUAUAAAGCAAGCAGCAAUUUAAAAUGUUGCGUUUUUACAACGUAGACACGCAGUAGUUUUUAAUUACGCACCUAUCAAUGGACGUAGACAUUUUGGUUGCAGUUCUAAUAAACUUUGUUUCUCGA